UUCCCGGAGCCAGCUUCCUGCCUCUCCCCACCUUCACUGAGACCAACGAGAGGACACCGCCUGCAUCUAGAGCAGCCCGGUGAGAAGCUUAACCGAGUGGCUGGUGAACGUGAGAGGAAAGCCUUGCUCGACUCCACUUUCCUAUCGCCGAGCCUUUCUAGACGUGGGAAAAAUGCUCUCUGAAAGCAGUUCAUUUUUGAAAGGUGUGAUGCUUGGAAGUGUUUUCUGUGCUUUGAUCACUAUGCUAGGACAUGUUAGGAUUGGUCACGGAAGCAGAAUGCACCAUGAGCAUCACCACCUACAGGCACCUAACAAAGAAGAUAUUUUGAAAAUUUCAGAGGAUGAGCGCUUAGAGCUCAGUAAGAGCUUUCGGGUGUACUGUAUCAUCCUAGUAAAGCCCAAAGAUGUGAGUCUUUGGGCUGCAGUGAAGGAGACUUGGACUAAACACUGUGACAAAGCAGAGUUCUUCAGUUCUGAAAAUGUUAAGGUGUUUGAGUCAAUUAAUAUGGAUACGGAUGACAUGUGGCUGAUGAUGAGGAAAGCUUACAAAUACGCCUUCGAUAAAUAUAGUGAUCAGUACAACUGGUUCUUCCUUGCACGCCCUACUACGUUUGCUGUUAUUGAAAACCUAAAGUAUUUUUUGUUAAAAAAGGAUCCAUCACAACCUUUCUAUCUGGGCCACACUAUAAAAUCUGGAGAACUUGAAUAUGUGAGUGUGGAAGGAGGAAUUGUCUUGAGUAUAGAAUCAAUGAAAAGACUUAACAGCCUUCUCAAUGUUCCUGAAAAGUGCCCUGAACAGGGUGGGAUGAUUUGGAAGUUAUCUGAAGAUAAGCAGCUAGCAGUCUGCCUGAAAUAUGCUGGCGUGUUUGCAGAAAAUGCAGAAGAUGCUGAUGGAAAAGAUGUGUUUAAUACAAAAUCUGUUGGGCUUUCUAUUAAAGAGGCAAUGACUAAUCACCCAAACCAGGUGGUAGAAGGAUGUUGUUCAGACAUGGCUGUUACUUUUAAUGGACUGACUCCUAACCAGAUGCAUGUGAUGAUGUAUGGGGUGUACCGUCUUAGGGCAUUUGGACAUGUUUUCAGUGAUGCAUUGGUUUUCUUACCUCCAAAUGGUUCUGAAAAUGACUGAGAAGGGAAUCAAAAGCAUGUAUUUGAACACCACUUAGGCUGUGUUGUUGUUAUUUGCAAUAAUGAUAUAUUCAGCACGGUGGUACGUUUUUUUCUUUUCUAAUCUGGUGGCACUGGUAUAAAUUAUGCAUUAAAGUUUACUUGUAAGUUUUCAAAUAGGAUGGUUUUUUUUUUUUCCUUUAACACACUUGUGUAGAAUUUAAACGUGUGGGAACUGAUUGUUUUAAUAAUAACAAUUUUGCAAAUAAAGGAUGUAUUUAUAAAUAUUAUAUUUAUGUGAUAAAUACUAAAUUAUAAACAUUAAAAAUUUGUUCCACAUCUUUGAUUUAAAAUGUAACAUGUCUUUUUAGCUUCUGAUAUAUGCAAGUGAAAUCUCUAGUAGUGAGUUUGUGAAUAAAAUAAUACUUUUA